CACUGGCCGGAGUGGAAGGGCGGGGUUCGGUCCCCCUCGGUGGGGCCUCAUCUCCGCGCAGCCGGGGCAUACUGAGGGCAGUCUUUGCUCUACCUCCCCCAGUGUUUCUUGGGGCCUCUCUGGGCCCCGCGCCUGUCGUUGGAAGGCGGAAACGGUUGCAGGGUCUCGCAUCUUGCGAAGGGGUCUGUUUAAUCCUCGCCGCCAUGUCCGGGGGCUUCGAGCUGCAGCCGCAGGACGGCGGCCCCCGGGUGGCCCUGGCGCCCGGGGAGACGGUCAUCGGCCGCGGGCCGCUUCUGGGAAUAACAGAUAAGAGAGUGUCCAGAAGCCAUGCCAUUCUUGAAGUGGUGGGUGGUAAGCUUCGAAUCAAACCGCUACACAGAAAUCCAUGUUAUUAUCAGUCUUCUGAGAAGAGCCAGCUCUUACCAUUGAAGACAAAUAUCUGGCGCUGGUUGAAUCCUGGAGAUCGCUUUUCUUUAUUAGUUGACAAAUACAUUUUCUGUGUCUUGUCUACACAUUCUGAAAUGGAAAUGGAGUGUACUUUAAGAAAUAGUCAAAUGCUUGAUGAAGAUGAUAUAUUGAAUGAAAUACCAAAAUCUUCCUCAGCUGAUUUGCCUGAUAAAACCCCCAGUGCCCCACAACGGGAAAGAAGCACAGAAACAGCAAAGCCCCAGGCCACUGCAAAUAAUGUGUCUUUCAUAGGUGAAAGUAGAGACUUGAGUAAGCAACAGCCAAAUCCUUCCGAGAGGAAAAGAAUCCUCCCAGCAUGGAUGUUAACAGAAAAUUCAAGUGAUCAGAACCUUUCAGUCAUCAGUGGAGGUAAUAAUGUAACUCGGGAAAGUGAAAAAGAAAGAGUCUGCAAAGAUAAAACCCAAGUAAACAUAACACAGCCAGGAAAAAAGCGAUUAAUUUCAUCAGGAAGUUCAGAAAGUACAUCAGCAGAGCAAGACACAGGAAAAAAGUGCAAAAAUGAUGAUCAGGAAGAGUCUAUCAUUUCAUCCAAGGAAAUGACACAGUCAUUUUCUGCAGCCACGUUACAUAACACAGAGAUAGAUAACACUAAGACUAAUCCACAGAGAAGCGAAGUCCCAGUAGAGGCACUUGGUAAGGUUUCUGAACAUAAAAUCAUCACUAAGGGAAGUUCAAAUGAAGACAGCAUGGCGAGAAGUUGUUCUGAGAGUUAUUCCAGUACCCAGAGCAAGUCUUUCUGUGACAAGCCUCAAAAAUCUCAUCCUGAGUCCAGCUCUAAUCCGCCCAGUCCUGAAUGUGUGCAGGCGAAGGCAACCGAUUCAGUUCCAAAUGCUUCUGAAGAAAACAAGGUACAGAGAACGUCCUGCAUGUAUGGGGCAAACUGCUACAGGAAAAAUCCUGUCCAUUUUCAACACUUCAGUCACCCUGGUGAUAGUGAUUAUGGAGGUGUAAACAUCACGUGUCAAGAUGAAGCUGAUGACCGGCCUGAAUGUCCCUAUGGAGCAUCUUGUUAUAGGAAGAAUCCCCAGCACAAGAUAGAAUAUAGACAUAGUACAUUUCCAGUGAGAAGCAUUUCGGAUGAAGAUGACAGUGUUGGGCAACCCAAUGAAUACAACCUGAAUGACAGCUUUAUAGAUGAUGAGGAAGAAGAAUACGAGCCAACAGACGAAGAUUCCGACUGGGAACCAGAAAAGGAAGACCUAGAGAAGGAAGAUAUGGAAGGGCUUUUGAAAGAAGCAAAAAAGUUUAUGAAAAGAAAAAAGUGACUCCUCUGCAGUAAUAUAUUGCUCAUAUUUACUGUUUCUUUAUGGAAAAAUAAUGCAGGAAGCACUUAAGGGAUAAUUGUUUUUCUGCUUUUUAUGGUUAUGACUUUACUAUUGACUCUUCACAAAUGAAACAUUGAAAUGUCACCCUUCAGUGUAGUGGAUGAAAUUUGUUGCUUUGCUUUUUCUAUGUUAUUUCAAACAUCUGGAAAUAAUAAGCAGACAGAGUUAAAAAGAAAUAAUUGAUAUUUUUCAUGUACUUUGUAAUAAAAAGUAAAUAUCAUAGGUUGCAAAAAAAAAUGUCUUUUUAAAAUUUUUUCCAAAGAUUCUGUCUUUAGAUAGAAUACUAUGCAAAUAUAACCAGGCAGAUUAUGUAACUGGUGGGAAAGCAUGCUUAUUUCAUUCCUAUUGAAGUAAUUCUUAAAGCAGAACCAGACUUUAAAAAAUACCAGCCAUCAUAUAAUGGCUAUUAUUUUUUCUAAUGUCCUAGAUGUGAGCUUUGCAAUUUCAUUGACUACUUUCAUUCUUUGAAACUUGGGGAAAUUAGUACAAAAUGGAUACUGAAAAUAGAUUCAACUAGACUAUAGAAACGUCCUAUGCAGGGAAUGCUAUUUUAUGUCCCAAGGCUAAUUUACUAUAUGUCUGAGUUUAAAAGCAGAAAACCUGAAAGAAUUUGACCAUUUCUUUUUUGAACAAGUCCUGCCUGAUGCUUUUAACUCUCAAUAUGCUAUUCUUAAGAAUAUAGGAAUUGUUUUUAACCAUAAUUUUCUCAAAUUAUAUUAGUUCUUUUAUCCUCAGAUGUCUGCCAGCAUUCAAGAUUCUGGCCUUUCGUUUCAAGAAGAAACCCCUUCUCCAGUUUUCUGUAGUAUAAUAUUUCUGCAUCUCUGUUCUUAAACUCCUUUAGGCUAUGUAAUACUCUUCAUUUUACAUGACUUAGAAUCUUUGAACUAUAGUUUAGAAUCUUUAAUAUGGGUUUGUACAAACAGCAGUAAAUAUAGCUUUGAAAUUGUAAAUCAUAAACCAAAAGUUUCCUCAUUAAGCACUAAUAUUUUAUAUUCUACGAGGAUCUAAAAAUGUAUAUCUUAAAAGAGCAGGACAGAUUUGUAAUUGUUUUCUUAGUGUUUUUAAGUUUGUUUUCAAAUAAUUGCAUAAUAUUAAAAUUUACUUAUAUUACAGAAAGGAAAAGAUAAAUAUUUUUCUAUUAUCUUUUAUUCUAAUUUUUCUCUCUGUUGUUAUUUAGAAACUAAUUUUCUCUUCUAAUGUCCCUUUAGUCUUCAGGGCUUGACAAACCUGUGAAAAAAAUUCUUUGAACUUACUUUUACUUUCACUUUGCACAAACUUAAUCCUUAAAGUGUUUCUUGAUCCAUUCAUAGAUAUAUCCCAAAGGAAUUAAAAACGUGUCCAUAUGAAAACUUGUACACAGUGUCCAUAGAAACAUCAUUUGUAACAGUCAAAAAGUGGAAACUUAUCAGAUAUGUGGAUAAGCAAAAUGUAGUCUAUUUUUACAACCAAAUAUUUUUUGGCCAAAAAAAGAAGUGAAGGAUUGAAACAUGCUACAGCAUGGAUAAACCUUGGAAACAUUAUGGUAAGUGAAAGAAGUCAGACACAAAAGGCCACAAAUGGUAUAAGCUCAAUUUUAUAAAAUAUCCAGAAUAGGCAAACCCAUAGAGAUGGAAAGUGAAUUGGUAGUUGCCGGGGUCUAGAGAGAAGAGUAUCUUUCUGAAUUGAUAAAAGUGUUCUAAAAUUAGUGGUGAUGGUGUAAAACUCUGUAAAUAUACUAAAAUCCAUUGAAUUGUAUACUUUCUAUGGGGGAAUUUUAUGUCAUAUGAGUUAUAUAUGUCAAGAAGGCUAUGAUAAAGAAUGCAAAAGGUGACAUUGGCCUUUUAGAAAGAAAGAAAGGCAUUCAACAUCAGAAUAUAUUCUUCUUAGAAGUUAUGUGAUAGCUCAUGUUAAUUUUUAGGAAGAGUUUGAUGUACCUUUCAUAAACAUCCUGAAGACACUUUUGAGUAUAAUGAAUGUAUAAAUAUUUAACUUCAUUGUAAUGAAAAUUUUCUACUUGGACUAUAUUUAAGUGUAUGAUUUUCAAAAUAGAGGCAAAAGUGAUGAAAUUGGUGGGCUCAAAAGCAUUGCUAACAAAACUUGAUUUAGUUGCUGUCCUAAACAGUGGAUUGAGAGCCAACUAUCCCUAUCAUGGUAUUCAUAGAAUUUAAACUAUAUCUUAACCUCCUCCUUCAAGCUAAAAAUGGUCACAUAUACUUUUCUCACUAAUGUGCUUAAUUCGAAAAGCAAAUGUUUUUUGUCGACUUGAAGUGAGGUGGGUUUUAUGGGACCUUGGGAAGCUGAAGACAUGAAGAUUUUCAGUGACACAUGAGUACUGAUUCUGCUUUUCACCCAGGUUGAGGAUGGUAUUGUUGAUACUAUUUCUAGAAUUAGAAGAUCCUAAUGAUUGGAAACAUUCAUUAUAGUGAAAAGAAAUAGAUUGUGAGCCUAUAUUUUCCAGAAUGGUGAUGUAAAGUUAAAUGGAUAGUGACUUUCCUCUGAUUUAUCUGUGCAAAGUUCAGUGUCACCAACACAUCCCAUGGAGGCAGAAACCACACACCAGCGUCUACAUCUAGCCCUGCUCUUUGAGUUCACCUUCUUGUGCCCAUUACUUUCUCUUUCUUGAGGAGGAAUCUGUAAGAGAGUCUCUGUGUGUGUGUGCAUUCUUCCUUCCGGUCUGCAAACCUACAAAGCUGCUCCUCCACAGUAGGUAUUGAAAGAAAAAUGAUAAUAAUUAUUGCCAAGAUCGUUACUGGCCAUCCUGAUAUAAUGUACACAAUAAAUUUGAUUAUCAUAAGCAA